ACUACUCAUUUUCUCCUAUUGAUUGACAUAAUAUACCUGCGGCCGUACAAGCAAAAUUUUUAUCUUUUAUACCUCGUGAUUUUAGCAUAAAAGCUUUCAAAAGAGCUCCCUAGGUGGCCAGAAUACAAACUCCUCGUCCUCUAAAGAACAAGUCCUUGGCCAAGAAGUCUUCUUCUCCUUGGCCUUGCAUCCCGCGUCGCACAUGGCACAAAUACAAGGGAAGAGGCAAAACACCCCGAGAAGAAAUAAUAUCAGGCGUUUGCCGUGUCUAGAUCAAUACACAGAAUAACUGAUGAUCGGACCAAGUAUGUUUCCUUUGGUUUCGGUGCUCAACAUUGGCCAUUCUUACAAGUUUUUGAAAGAUGGGGAUAUGCAUGCCAACUGCACUGUCACCUUCAUCAAGGGAUGUAAGUUCAACAUUUUGGUGGACACGAUGACCGCCUGGGAUGGUGAAAAACUUAAGCGAUUGCUCAAGGAGGAAGUUAACGUCGAGCCUGAAAACAUUCAUUAUGUGGUCUGCACUCAUAGUCACUCGGACCACACUGGCGGUAACUACUUGUUUCGCAAUGCCACCCACAUUGUGGGCACUAGCAUGAACUAUGGAGAACGCUACAUCACUUCCCCUCUGGAUGAUGGCAAGGAGUUCCUUAUUGAGCCAAAGGUGAAGGUCGUCUGUACUCCCGGACACACUCUGGAUAGUGUGACUGUCCUCGUUGAAACUGGAAUAGAUGAGAAAGGGCUGGUUGCAAUCACUGGCGACCUUUUCGAAAGGGAGGCAGACAUUGAGUUCCCAAAUCUUUGGCGCGAGCUUGCGGGAAGUCAAAAUCCUGAGGAGCAGGAGAAAAAUCGCAAGAAGAUUUUGGAGAUAGCCGACUUCAUCAUUCCAGGACAUGGACCCAUGUUCCAAAAUUUCUACAAGAAUAAGGAAGGUGGGGGUGGUGCUGGACCUUCAACUUCUUGCUGAUGCUAAUGACUAUCAAUGUAAGCUAAGCGGAUGCAAAACUGUUGUUCAGAAAAUAAUUUAAGAAGAACCGACCAACCGACUGAUAUUUUUAGUUCAAUUUAUCUUAUGCGGUGUCCUAGGUUGCAAAUAACAUACAUCCAUCUUCCAUGUAAAAUUCCUUUUAUAAGGAGAUAGGGUUUUCAUAAAAGUUUUAAUGUUUGAUUUCUUAACAUCAAUAUUUUAUUUUCUCUUCAGACAUGGUUUCUAAAGAAACAAUAGAAAUGUACCCUUGGUUGUUGAAGCCUAUUAGCACAAACAACCGCAAAUCGUAAAAUAAUAUUGUAACAACAAAUUUCUACAUAGUUUUUUUUACAACAUAAAUCUGAAAUUUGACUGAUUUUCUUAAUUUAUUUUUCCAACAUCCAUAUAGAAUAAAUAUGCAUAGAGCAUAUUAAAUGAGAUCCAUGUUUGUUGCAGUAAAAUUUGUGAUAAAUUGCAGGUGUAAAACAUCAAAAGUGCCAAUUUUGAUCAAAACAGUGAAAAUUCAAUAAUUAAAUCAGUGACUCACACAGGAAGCAUUGCCAUUAAGUAUAAAGGCAUUUCCUUGCUCAAUCAAAUAGGAUCAACCAUUUCUAUGGAAAAUUUACAAUUAACAGAAUAGUCAGAAUAUUAUAUUUUGCAUUACAUAUAAUUUUUUCGAUAUCUUUGAUCACAGAAAUCAACACCAUAAUGUAAGAUACUUGAUAAUAUAAUAUUAUAUACAAUGAUAUAGCUUUUGUUGUAAGAUUAAAAUAAGCAUAACUGGCUAUGGCCCAUUGCUUGUCAAAAAUAAAUAUUUUACAAAGGAUAUCAUUGAUUACGGUUAGGCCAAUAUGAAUUUAAGUAUUAAACCAGCGAUCUUUCAUGUUUAAAUUUUAACAAUAGCAUUUCUAGGAAGUUUAGAAACACUCAAUUCUAAUAAGGAAUAAUUAAUUUAGCAUAGUCGACAAUCUAUUUUUUUUUCAACAAGUAUCAAAAUUUGAAUUUUCACAUUUUUGGCAACAACCAUCAUAGCAGUAUAGUCAUCAACAUUAUUUUAGAAACUGCCACAAUCAGAUAUGAACAACGAUUUGGUACGAAAUUCCACGCAGUUUAACAUGCUACUUGAUAACAAAAUAACAAAAAGGCUUUUUAUUGAGGAAGAAUGCACAAGUCCCCCCAUGCUCGACAAUGCAAUGCCAGAUAAACGGCUCACUUGAAUUAAAGUGGCGGCCGACUUCUGUGGUUUAGACCUUAGACAAUGACAAAGUUGAUCAUAAAAGACAAAGCACAUCUCAGACGGAAAGCAAAUUAAAUUUCAGCUCCUCGAGGGCCUGGUAGCUUAACACGGACAGCUUGAGGCCAGCUGUCCGACGUAGCAACGGACGACACACCCUGCUGACGAACACAAUUAAAUAGCAAAUUAUUUAAGCAAAAUUGGGUUGGAUCAUGUCUCUUAUUCAGAGAGAAAAAUGUCUAACUUAUGCAAAGAUGUUAGUGGAAAUUCUCACCAGAGGUUUUAGCAGAGGACAAUUACAUUGAUGCAGAGGUGCGCUUGAAUAGAAGAAACCACCUGAUUUUUACAGAAGACGGGGACAGAUUUUCCAAGGUGUUUUUUUUUGUGGUUGUUGGAAGAUUUGUAUGAGAAAUGUAGUUACAUGAAAUUUUGUCCCUCAACGCUUAGCUGACUUCGAGCAUCCUCAGGCUGUAGAUGACGCAGCAUGCGAGCAGAAAACGAAAGGACGGUUAUUUCACCUGAGUUCCGUUUCACCGAAAGCAAUACACAAGACUGAGUCAAAGCUAUUAAAAAUAUUUAAAAAGCAACAAGCAGUUUUCUACAAUGAUGUAUUAGACAAUAGGAUGCUAAUUUGAAUGUUAUUGCACUGAGUAAUUACGUUAUUUUCAUGUCUGAAGUGGAGAUUGUCUAAUGUUAAAAAAAACUACAUAAUUAUAGAUCAGUCUAUUGAAAAGAGCUCAGCGUAUUGUUUGCUGCUUAAAGGCUACAGAUUAUGAAGUUCACCAACAGCAUGCGUUAUUGAGAAACGACAGCAACAUUCCAACAUGAAAGAUUAAUUUGAGUGCUCGAGUUCAGAUUUAUUAAGAAAAUAGACUCACCCGAGGCUGCCGCUGCUCAGCGCCACCAUUCGUUCCAUAGCCCAUUUCACUGUCAUCAAGACACAUGUCUGAGUCUGAAUCGUUUCUGUGCCGAGUCGUUCUAGGUUCCUGAAAUAAAUUUUUGUUUUUCCUUUGCUUGAUAAAAUUAUGGCAAUGCGAUUUUUCAAUACCUGAGUAAGUUGCUCAGUGGUUGUCAGGAUUCUCGCAAUGGGAUUGCAGCAAACAGGCAAAGUAUCUAGCAGCGUUGGUCUAGCGUGGGUAAGGAAGGGCUUCAUGUACCUAACAUCAAAGUCUGCCCAGAUACGAGCCAUCCAUGCUUUUUCGUUAGGCUUGGUCCCUUCUAAAUUGUUUGAGCCAGUAGCGCUGCUUGCUCGACGUCCACUCUCAGCACUUUGUCCCAAGGCCUGGAAGAAGAUGGUUCUUAAAAUUUUGUGUCUUUAUAUUGGAUGGGCAGUAGUGCAAAACUAGACAUCGAAAAAUUGUUAUGGUAUGUUGCUAUCUGCAUGCCGUGUGAUUUCCUAUCUGUAUCAGCUGCGUCAUAAAUGUGCAUAGCUGGCGAUAGUUUUCAUAAAAUUAAUAAAAAAAAUUACAGGACACGUAAAGCAAAAAUAAAAGCCCUGAAAAUACAACAUUGACAUGCGGCCAAUAUCGACUUACCCCACCAGGGGCACUUUGUUCUGUUGAAUCAUAAACCUGGAUAGAGUGAACUUUGUUUAGAAACAUCACAAUAAACGGCAACAUUGUUUUUAAGAGUUUGAAUUAUGGUAUUUUAGAUAUUUUACAAGUAGGAAAAAUCUAGUGCACAUUUAAGUGGAUAAAUAAUUUUCAACUUACACUUCGAACUCCACCAUAUUGCAGCAUCUCAACUUCUUCUUCCACUCCGACACUGUGUGAAUUGCAAAUUAAAACAGAUUUGAAAUUCAUUUAGAGAUGCUUACGGAAUGUUGAAGCAUGUGAGCAGUUGCAUGGUAGAUCCUCCCAAUACAAUCACAGUAACAAUCACCACGAGUGACGUAGCAGUCAGCAUUGAUUGGCGUGCUUCAGAAACCGUGUUUCUGAUUGCUAAGGCAAAAGCCAUUGCACCUCGCAAGCC